CGCCCUUCCUGGGACUUCCGCUUCCGGUGCUGACGGACGUUUCGGGCGUAACGAUGAUCGGGGACAUCCUGCUGUUCGGGACGCUGCUGAUGAAUGCCGGGGCGGUACUCAACUUUAAGCUGAAAAAGAAGGACACUCAGGGCUUUGGGGAGGAAUCAAGGGAGCCCAGCACAGGGGACAACAUCCGGGAGUUUUUACUGAGCCUCAGAUACUUUCGAAUCUUCAUCGCGCUGUGGAAUGUCUUCAUGAUGUUCUGCAUGAUUGUGCUAUUUGGCUCCUGAGCUGCAGAUGUGGAUCCUGGAACACACCUUCUCAGAUGUCAAGUCUCUGUUCCUCCAUCCCUGGUGACUUUAAGAAUGUUUUUAACUGGAAAACCAGUGACCUUCCCAGAAAGCCCAAGCUUGUGGUGGGUGGAAAAUGUUUACCAAGAUGCACAUGGCCUCCCAGCCAUGUCACUGUUUUCUUUUUAAAGAUACUUUUGCUUUAGCCUCAGCAUUGAAAUGCUGUCUCCUUAAGUUGUUUUGGGGUUUACUAGAGGGCUGUGAAGAUACUGCCUUCGCAGAUAAAAGGACAUGCCUAGAGUGUUUCAUUGAGUUGGAGUCUCUUUUCUAUCAGACUUCUACACGAAACCUGUUUCUGGAUAUUUCUGGGUUUAUUUUGAAGAACCAUCCUUUUGGUUUGAAUUAUACAGAUGUUUAAAAACCAUUUCUUCCCCAUCCCUACAGACUCUGCUCAGCCUGUGGGUGCCAAUGAGGUUGCCCCAGGACUUUCAAGGGUGAAAAAUGACCGGUUCCCACUGAAGAUGAGUGCAGAACCACUGGUGGGGUGGAUGGCUAAUAUGAGAAAUUUUGCUUUGAAGUUCUCUGUUAAAUAAAGUAGCUUUUGAGACCUUUA